CUGUGCUCCAGCGACAUCCAAAUUUCCAACUCCAUUUUCAGGUUCGAGGUUCCCCUUCCACUUCCGCUUCCCGCUGCUUCGCUUCCCUUCUCACCUAAAUCAGUUCUCCCCUUCACCUCCCCAACGGUGUGUCCCGUCUCCUCUUUCCACCACCACCUCCUUCCCCCCAUCCCACUUCCAUUGCUGCUUAUCCAUUCGUCGCCUUUUUCCAUUUGCAACUCUACCUUGCCUUAUAUCCGCGCGUCGGACUCUCGGACAAACACACUCAUCUAGCAUUUACUCUCUUAGGCCUGCCAUCUGUCAUCAUCGACCGCGACCGCGAAUCGCGCACGGCAAUCGAUUCUCACCAUGUCUCGCAACGGCACCACUCUCUACGUGACCGGGUUCAGCCACGGCACCCGCGCACGCGACCUAGCCUACGAGUUCGAGCGCUACGGUCGUCUUGUGCGCUGCGAUAUUCCUGCUCCCCGCAGUGCCAGCAGCAGACUUUUCGCUUUCGUUGAGUACGAGGACCGUCGGGAUGCCGAUGACGCGUACCAUGAUAUGCACAACAAGCGCAUUGGCCGCGAUGACAUUCUGAAGAUCGAGUGGGCUCGCACUCCUCCCUCCGCUUCUUGGCGCUUUGACCGCAGCGAUCGUGAGCGUGGUCCUCGUGGCCGCGACCGCUCCCCCCGUCGCCGCUCUCCUAGCCCCAGGCGCAGCACCAGAGAUUACUCCCCUAGGAAGGAUGAUCGUCGUGACCGCGACCGCGACCGUGACUACGACCGUGAUCGCCGCGAUACUCGUGACCGCUCUCGCAGCCCUGAGCGUGAGCGUGAGCGCGAUGUUAAGGACGACCGCGACCGCGAGGACCGUGAUCGUCGCGAGAACGGCACCAACGGUGACGACAGAAAGGGUACGUACACCCUUUGAGCGAGCAACCCCCGUGCACGACCAUGAUCUGACGACCUAUCCCUCUGCAGCCAUCGAUAGCCCCGAAAGGCCUGCCCACGACGACCUCGAUGUUGCCGAGUAAACAGAUCACCCCACUCGCGGCGCGGGGUCCCUCCGGUUUGGGCGCCAGUCACCCAAGCCCCGCCUGCUGUGUUGGCAUGUUCUGCAUUUGGCGUGCUGGUUAUA